CGUAUGUGGCUCUCAAUCCGUCAACCUUCUGGUUUCCUGGUGCAACUCGCAGCAACCAUGCAACAAGUGCUGCGAGUGCAUGCUAGAACUCACCAGGUCCAGACAUAUGUAGGAUCCAACCCCGCUUCGUCUUUGCUUACUCCUAUACUACGAGCAUCGACUAGUCGGUGUUUCGGUGGAAAUAUAGCACUUGCGUCGGCGGCGCAUUCUGUGCCAGGAAAUGUACAUGGCUUCUCCACAACCCGCACGAGGAUAAAUAAAGCACCGCGAUUGACUGGCUCGCUUGUUCAGCCCAAGGCGUUGGCGUCUGGCACGGAGGCAUUCUUUUCAACCGAACAUGACAACUUCUCCAGCAUGGGCUUUUCGCCCGAGAUGCAGCAAGCCCUGGAGGUUGCGGGGUUCACGAAGCCCUCGAAAGUGCAGGAGCUGGCUGCACCUCAUGUCCUCCGUGGCCGCAACGUCGUUAUUGCCGCUGAGACAGGGAGCGGCAAGACCUUGUCAUAUGUGUUGCCCAUCGCACACCUUAUGCUGAAGCAGCGUCUGGCGCUGCAACCGAAACAGGAAGGAGAGGGCGACGACGCGGGCGCCACCGGCAGGUCCCGACAGCGGCGGUAUCACGCGCUGGUGCUGUGCCCCAACACUACGCUAUGCCAGCAAGUGGUUGCAGCCGUGAAGUGUCUCCGUGGGCCGGACGGUGAGCCGCUGGUGACGGCAGCCCACGUCAACAGCAGCAACCCCCCGCCCUUUGAGGCGCCAGAUGUCAUCGUCGCGACGCCCGCUGGCCUGCAAACGAUCUUGAAUGAUUCGGGCGGCGCAUACGGAUGGCUCUGGAGCGAGGAUGGCAUGCAGGCGCGUGUACGGCACGUGAUUCUCGAUGAGGCGGACCUGCUGCUGGGCAACGCGUACAGCAAGGCCACGCAGAGCUUGCUCGUGCUCUUCAAGACGGGCGACCGUCGCCGCGUGGAGGCGCGUGUCUUUGAGGAGCUCGGCAUCGCGGAUAAGUCGGAGUUUGACCGGCUGCCGCGGCCCAUCCAGCAGGCGGCAUGGCAAGGCGGUGUGCCGGCUAUGCUGGCCGCGGGCUACAAGCCCAAGCGUGCUUUGGACCCGGAGGCCAAGUAUGGUCCGUACUGGCGGCGGCAGUACAUCUACUCGGCAGCAACCAUGCCGACCAUUACCUACUCGGAUGUCGGGUCCCAAAUUCAGAAGAUGCACCCGGAUGCCGUGUGGGUAUCCACCGAGCUGCUGCACCAGAGCAAGCCGCACCUGGAGCACAAGUGGCAAGAGGUAUCAGACGAGACGUUCGGCCCCGUGGUGCUGGAAGCCGUCCGCUCCGACCCUGACUACCAGGCGCGCAGCGGCAAGACGCUGGUCUUCGCUGCGGACGGCGCCUCCGCGGAUGCGGUGUCUGAGGUGCUGGCGGGCGGCCAUGUGCCGCACGUGGUGUACCACAAGAGCCGCAACAUGGCCGAUCAGGCGGCGGCGAUGGAGACGCUGCGCAGCCAAGACGGGGCGGUGAUGGUGUGCACGGAUGCGGCUGCUCGAGGACUCGACGUGCAGGGGAUAACGCAUGUCGUGCAGGCUGAUUUCGCUGCCAACGCCAUCGACUUCAUCCACCGGAUUGGCCGCACGGCGCGCGCCGGCCGCAGCGGCCGAGUGACGUCGCUGUACCGCGCUCGCAACAGCGCGCUGGUGGACGUGCUGCGGGACUACAUCAAGGAGGGGGUCCCGCUGGAGGCGGCGUUUAGCAGGGCGCGGUCGUUUAGCAAGAAGCUGAAGAAGACGGGCGGGGUCUUCGUGCCGCGCGGUGUGUCGGUAGCGGGCUCGCAAGCCUCGGAGCAGGGGACACGUGCUGCAGAGGAAGGCACGACUGCCCGUGAGGGCGGCGAUUCCAAGGCGGAGGAGAAGGAAGUGGAGCAUGCAGGCGUGGGCGCAGGGCGGUGAUGACGUGCUGGUAAAAGUUGGCGUGUUGUGUUCUGACGCAUGAAUGCAUAGGACAACUUGAAGCAGUCGAACAGUAUAACAGGCUCAUCACGGCCCGUCAGGAUGCGAGUCAUCGCAUUACCGUAUGCAUGCAGGAUGGCACCCGACUUAGUAUUACAGGCUUUACGCAAACACCCUGACGCCAUACACAAGGCACUGCAUAUAUGACACGCCUUAAUGUAAGUCUACGACCUGACUUGUAAAGCGCUCAGCCAUAA